GAAAACCAUUGGGUUCUGCGUGGCAGAACAGAAGUGGAUGUUUCUUACAAUAAAAGCUACGUCAAUUGAAUUGCAGUGCCAAGAUGCCAUAUUAUCCAGGCAUGCUCAGCAGUCCCUGUCCCAUGCAACUGAAGAAGGAUGGCAGCGAGGUAGCCCUCCAACUACCCAUGGAUAAGGAUGCAAUCUAGUCCGCCUGAUAGGAAACCUCUGAGAAUUGAAAUUCUCCUUUCUUCACCAGUUCCUGGCCCUUUCCUUCCUGAAGGUUUGAGGUAGAGGAAGAUCAAUGUUUGAGGGGUAAAAACAUGGCCACAGGGAGACAGCGGCUGAAACGUCAAAAGCUAGUUCCGAAAGAUCCAGGGAAGGUAGAACUGGGGAGGUGUUUGGACCUUGGGGAAAGCUGUUUACAACUUCAUCUUUACCUUCAGUCAUCCAAAAUCACCUCACCCUGUCAUUUCAGCUCUGACACCAAGGCGAGAGACUGGGAGGUCUACAAAUAACGUCUGGGUAGCCGGUGUGAGUACAGAGGGUACUGGGGGGGCUUAGCCCCCAAGGAAGAGGACCAGUCCUCCCCCAGCACCACCAUCAAGAGCCCAGGGGCUCCCUCUUCCCUCCACAGACUGUGGACUGACUUAGGGAAUCCCAAACGAUGACAGAAAAGGAGGUGCUGGAGUCCCCUAAGCCCUCCUUGCCAGCAGAGACUCGGCAAAGUGGGCUACAGCGGCUGAAGCAGUUAUUCAGGAGGGAGUCUCCGGGGACAAAGGAGAUGGAGCUUCCCCCAGAGCCCCAGGCCAAUGGGGAGGCAGUGGGAGCUGGGGGUGGGCCCAUCUACUACAUCUAUGAGGAAGAGGAGGAGGAAGAGGAGGAGGAGGAAGAGCCACCCCCAGAACCUCCUAAGCUUGUCAAUGACAAGCCUCACAAAUUCAAAGAUCAUUUCUUCAAGAAGCCCAAGUUCUGUGACGUCUGUGCCCGGAUGAUUGUGCUCAACAACAAAUUUGGGCUUCGCUGUAAGAACUGCAAAACCAACAUUCACGAACACUGUCAGCCCUACGUGGAGAUGCAGAGAUGCUUCGGCAAGAUCCCCCCUGGUUUCCAUCGGGCCUAUAGCUCCCCACUCUACAGCAACCAGCAGUACGCUUGUGUCAAAGAUCUCUCCGCUGCCAAUCACAAUGAUCCUGUGUUUGAAACCCUGCGCACUGGAGUGAUCAUGGCAAACAAGGAACGGAAGAAGGGCCAGGCAGAUAAGAAAAAUCCUCUAGCAGCCAUGAUGGAAGAAGAGCCAGAGUCUGCCAGAUCAGAGGAAGGCAAACCCCAGGAUGGAAACCCUGACGGGAAUAAGAAGGCUGAAAAGAAGACACCUGAUGACAAACACAAGCAGCCUGGCUUCCAGCAGUCUCAUUACUUUGUGGCUCUCUAUCGGUUCAAAGCCCUGGAGAAGGACGAUCUGGAUUUCCCGCCUGGAGAGAAGAUCACAGUCAUUGAUGACUCCAAUGAGGAGUGGUGGCGGGGGAAAAUAGGGGAGAAGGUUGGAUUUUUCCCUCCAAACUUCAUCAUUCGGGUCCGGUCUGGAGAGCGUGUGCACCGUGUGACCAGAUCCUUCGUGGGAAACCGAGAAAUAGGGCAGAUCACUCUCAAGAAGGACCAGAUCGUGGUCCAGAAAGGAGAUGAAGCCGGCGGCUACGUCAAGGUCUACACCGGCCGCAAGGUGGGGCUGUUCCCCACCGACUUCCUGGAGGAGAUUUAGGCGUGCAGCGCCUGCUGACGGGAGAUACCCAUGCCCCAUUCUGGGCAGGCCCAGUGGAGGUUGGGGAGGAAAGGGGCGAAAGCAGCUAUGCCAGUGGGGGAGGGGUGGGAAGGCCCGCGGCGCAAGACGGGGCUUCCGGGAAGGGACUGGUUCCCGCCCUCCUCCCCCGGCCUCGGGCCUCGGAUACCUGGUAGGCAGAGCAGCCUCACCUGCAACUCUUCAGGCCCAGCCCUUGAGAGCUGGAAAAAUAAGAGCGCGUCUCCACUAGGAGGCGCCCCGGGGGUGUGGGAGGCGAACUGUCGAACGCUGCGAAUGUAUUAAAGUUUUGAAAAAAGGUA